AUGAGUAACGAGGAGUACAUUAUAGAUAACUUAAUUACAGAAGCUCGUUUUUUUAUUGAUCAUAAGGAUGAUAAUGAAACAUUUUUAAGUUAGGGAUAAGAUUGUAUUGAUAAGAUCAACUAAAUACUAAAGAAAAAUAUUAGGUAAUGAUAAUAUGUAAAUUAAACAGAUCCUCUUUUUUAGAUAUUUCAUAAGAAAUUAUCAUAAAGUAUUGUGAAGCUUGUCUUGUUGUUCCAGAUAAAGAACACAUAGCUCAAUAAUAUAUAGAUCUUUAUUUUUAACGCAACUCUUCUUAGGGACAGUUUUACAUUAGAGCUUUAUUCAUUAAAGCUAGACUUAUAUCCAUGAAUGGUCAUGAUAGAUUAUUAAAAGCAGAAGAAAUGAUCAAAAAUUUAAAAUUGUCAUUAACAUAUGUAUAAUAAGGAUUAGAUAUUAUUUCUAAACCAGAAAAUAAAUAAAAAUAUGGAUUUCUUAUUUAUAAUGCUUCUAUUUGUGUUUAUAAUAUUAUUAGACCCAUGCUUAAACCAUAAUGGUAAUUAUCAUUUGUUGAUAUUUUGGAUAAAAUAGAUAGAAUGUUUGAAGAAGUAGAUGAAGCAGAUUAUGAUUGGAGAUGUAGAUUCACUUGGCUAUUAUUUUAUUGUUUGUAUGAUGAUAGAAAAGCAGAUUCAUUUAAAUUAUUAGAUAAACUAUGGGAAACAACAAAAAAGAAAGGAGAUUGUGAUUUUUAGAAUUCACUAUUAAGAUUAAGAAUACAUAUUGGUAAGGAAUAUAAAUAAGCAUUGGAUUCAGCAUUUAAGGAAUCAGAAUCUGCUCCAUCAGAGAAAGCUUGGAAAUCAUUAUUUAUGCUUUAGAAAAUGAGAAGUGGUUUGAUUCCUGAAGCUUAAGUUGAAAAAGAAUUAAUAAAUCUAAUCAAUUCUAUUUCAAGUGCUGUAUUACCUGGAAAUGAAGUAGCAGCUACUAAUAAGUUAGCACCAGUAUUUUAAGAAAGAUUGGCUGAAUCAGGAAGAGUAGCAUUACAAUAUAAUUUAGUAAAUAUAGCAGAUUCAAUUACUGCAUUUUUGAGUAGAGUUAGAUAACUACAUUAAAAGGCCUACAUUUUACAUGAAUAUAAUAAGGCAGAAUUAUUCAUAAAGAAAGCAGGUCCAUUAAUUGAUAAUAAGACAGGAAUGAGAUUGAAUUCUUUAUAAAUUAAAAUGCAAGAAGUUGAAAGAAGAAUAGAAGCAUUAAAAACUAUGGAGAAAGUUAUGGUAACAAAUAAAAAAUUAAAUGAUCCUGAUCUCAUUUUUGAAGGAGCUGUAUUAAUUUGGAAUAUAUCAUUACCAUUUUUAAAUGCUUAAUAUAGAAUUCAUGUAUAUAAGGCAUUUUCUAUGGCUUGUUAACUAUUAGAAUAAUUAUAAUGUGUAGAUCAUGCAUUAAGAGUCAAUUUCCAUAUUGAAUUAGCAAAGAGUGAUUUAUAAGAGGAUUUAGCUGUGAAAGCAGAAUAACAUAUAAAAAAAGCAUUACAAUUAGAUUAUAGUGUACCAUUAGGGAAAGUGCAAUUUAAAUAUGAUGAGGGUGAAGAUUUAGGUUUAUAUUAAAGACCUUAUGAUAAAUAUCUAAGGAAUUUAGAAGAAAAGAUUAGAUUAAAAUUAAAUAUUUAUUAAGAACCUAAAAAUGAUAUUGAAAGAGUAAUUACUUAAUUAGAGAAUGUAUAAGCAGCUAAAUCUGAAAAUUUAAGAAUAGAUAUUUUAUAGAAAUGUUUAGGAACUAUUGUUAAUUUGUAAGAAUAGGAAUAUUGGUAUGAUACUAAAUUAGAUUUAGUUGAAGAAGAAUAAAAUAGAGAAAAAGUAUUAAAAAAAUAAGAAAAUUUAUAUUAAUUUAAAUAAAAGAAAUUAUUAGCAGCUGAAAUUGCUAGAUUAGCAUUUGAAUGGGAAUUUAAUGAUUUAGCAUUUAAAGCUUGUGAAUUUGUAUGUAAUGAUACUUGGGAUGUAAAAAAUGCAUCUGAAAUGAUACUUGCUCAAGUAGAAUGUUAAUAUAGAAUGGCAUAAAUGAUUAUAGAUAAUUUAAUUAAAGAUAAUUUUGAAAUACCUUUUGCUGAUCCUAUUAGAGUAGAAGAGAAUGAAAAUAUAGAAGAAUUAAGUUAAGAAAAAAAAGAUUAAGUAUUAUCUUUAAAAAGAAAAAUGUGCUCUAAUUUUGUUAAAGGGUUAAAAUUAGCAGAUUCUAUCAAAUAAACUUGGUUAGUAUUUAAUGGAGCUAUAUAUAUUUGGAAUAAUUUUCUUACAAUAUUCCGUAAUCCUAUUAAUGAUAGCAAAUUGUUACCAGAAAUUACAAAUUUAUUGAAAGAAUUCUUUGAAAUAAUGAAGAAUUCUUUAAAAGAAAUUGAAAAAAAAUUAAUAAAUGAUUAUGAUAUUGAUACAAAGAUUUAAGUAUUAGCUAAUAUAGGUUUAGUGUAUGCAAGAUUAAUGGAAGGGAAAUCUUAAUAUGAUGAAGUUAUGAGAGUUUGUGAAGCUCUUCUUUUGACUCCUUUAUCACCUCACACUCGUAAAUUGAUUAAUUCAAUUAAAGCAAGAGUGUCUGGAACAACUAAAACUAAUGCUGCUAAACCUGGAACUUAAUAAGAUAAAAAAGGUACUAAAUAACCAUAAUAAUCAUCAUCUGAUAGUGUUAUUUUUGAUGUUGUUUCAUAAUUAGAAAUUAUUUAAAAUUCAACCAAUAAAGCUUAAACAUAAGAUCUUAUUAAAAAAUGUUUUGAAACACUUGUUAGUUGGACAGCAAAAGAAAAUGAUGAAACUGAAUUAGAAUUACAUGCUGAAUUAUGGGCUAGAUUAGCAAGAUUAGCAUUAAAUGAAGAAACUAUUUUAAUGUAUAAAUAUUCAUUGAGAUGUGUAUAAUACUCUUUAUAAUUAUUAACAGCAGAUUUAUCAACUAUUCCAGCUUCUCGUUUGAGAUGGUAUUCUUUGGCUGAAUAUAUAUAUAGUGAAAAUCUAUUAAGAAUGCUUAAUUCAGAAACAUAAGAAACUGAAUCUUAAGAAUCAUUGUUAUUUUCAAGUUUAUUUCAUGCAAUUGAAGCUGCAAAUAAAGGAUUAAAGGCAGGUAUUAAUAGUUUAGUUUUGGAUGCAUCAAAAUAAGUUUGGAAUUUGUGUGCUAGAUUAGAAGAGAGUGCAUAAAAUAGAAAGCAUUUAAUUAAACCAGUAUAUUCAUGUUUAAAUUACUUAAAAGAAUGUAAAGAAAAAAGUGAACCUGAUUUAGUAUUACUAUUAGCAUAAUUAUUAUUUAAAAGUGCAUUAGAAAAUGAAGAUUAUAAAUUAGGUGAAAUGGCAGCAGAUAUGGUAUUUGAAUUAGUACCUAAGAAUAUGUCAAAACCUAUAUGGGAAGCUAAAAUNUUAAAAUUAGCAGAUUCUAUCAAAUAAACUUGGUUAGUAUUUAAUGGAGCUAUAUAUAUUUGGAAUAAUUUUCUUACAAUAUUCCGUAAUCCUAUUAAUGAUAGCAAAUUGUUACCAGAAAUUACAAAUUUAUUGAAAGAAUUCUUUGAAAUAAUGAAGAAUUCUUUAAAAGAAAUUGAAAAAAAAUUAAUAAAUGAUUAUGAUAUUGAUACAAAGAUUUAAGUAUUAGCUAAUAUAGGUUUAGUGUAUGCAAGAUUAAUGGAAGGGAAAUCUUAAUAUGAUGAAGUUAUGAGAGUUUGCGAAGCUCUUCUUUUGACUCCUUUAUCACCUCACACUCGUAAAUUGAUUAAUUCAAUUAAAGCAAGAGUGUCUGGAACAACUAAAACUAAUGCUGCUAAACCUGGAACUUAAUAAGAUAAAAAAGGUACUAAAUAACCAUAAUAAUCAUCAUCUGAUAGUGUUAUUUUUGAUGUUGUUUCAUAAUUAGAAAUUAUUUAAAAUUCAACAAAUAAAGCUCAAACAUAAGAUCUUAUUAAAAAAUGUUUUGAAACACUUGUUAGUUGGACAGCAAAAGAAAAUGAUGAAACUGAAUUAGAAUUACAUGCUGAAUUAUGGGCUAGAUUAGCAAGAUUAGCAUUAAAUGAAGAAUCUAUUUUAAUGUAUAAAUAUUCAUUGAGAUGUGUAUAAUACUCUUUAUAAUUAUUAACAGCAGAUUUAUCAACUAUUCCUGCUUCUCGUUUGAGAUGGUAUUCUUUGGCUGAAUAUAUAUAUAGUGAAAAUUUAUUAAGAAUGCUUAAUUCAGAAACAUAAGAAACUGAAUCUUAAGAAUCUUUGUUAUUUUCAAGUUUAUUUCAUGCAAUUGAAGCUGCAAAUAAAGGAUUAAAGGCAGGUAUUAAUAUUUUAGUUUUGGAUGCAUCAAAAUAAGUUUGGAAUUUGUGUGCAAGAUUAGAAGAGAGUGCAUAAAAUAGAAAACAUUUAAUUAAACCAGUAUAUUCAUGUUUAAAUUACUUAAAAGAAUGUAAAGAAAAAAGUGAACCUGAUUUAGUAUUACUAUUAGCAUAAUUAUUAUUUAAAAGUGCUUUAGAAAAUGAAGAUUAUAAAUUAGGUGAAAUGGCAGCAGAUAUGGUAUUUGAAUUAGUACCUAAGAAUAUGUCAAAACCAAUUUGGGAAGCUAAAAUGAUUUUUAUGAGUAAAUAAGGUAAAAAUGAAUUAUAAGCUAUUGUAAAUAUGAAAGAAGCAGAUUCAUCAUUAUAAGCUAAAGUUUGGAUUAGAUUAGCAAGAGUAUCAAAUAAUCUUUAUAAAUAAUAUACAGCAUAUAAUAAAGCUAUUGAAUUGUUAAAGAAAGAUUCUUCUGUUGAAAUAGUUGAAGUAUUAAUAGAAUUUUCAGAAUGGUUAUUAAGAAAUGGAAAUGAAAAACAAUUGGUUAUAGAGAAUUUAAUGUAAGCUGCAGAUACAUUAAUAGAAAUUGAAAUGGAAGAAGAUGAAGAAGAAGAAGAAGGAGAUGAAGAAUAGAAUUCAUCAACUAUUUUUAGUAGAAGUACAAGAGGUAAAAAGUCUACAGUUUCUAAAUAAUCAAAACAAAAAUCUAAAAUGACUAAAAAAACUACUAAGAAUACUGUUAAGUAAAAUAAAAGCAAAGAAUAAAAGUCAUAAAUAUCUGGAUAGAAAUCAAGUAAUUAAAGAUUUUCAAGAGCAGCAAAUGUUAGAACUACAACAAUUAAAAGUAAUAAAUAAAAAUCAAAAAUAUUCAGACCAAGAGAAGAGGAAGCUAAUCCUAAUAGAUUGAAUUGUGCUCAUUAUGAAAGAUUAAUGAGAAUUCAUAUUAUGUUAGCUAUGAUUUCAGAUACAAUGGAAUAAUCUAUUUAAUAUGCAAUAGAUGCUAAAGUAUUCUUAAUUAAAAUUAUUGAAAUUUCUUUUUAAACUAUGAAUGAAUUUGAAGAGAAUGCUGCCAAAUACACUAAUAUUAUAGAUGAAAAAACAAGUAAACAACAAUAAUAAUAACCAAAACCUUAAUAAUAAGAUGAUUUCUCACCUAGAUAUCUUCUACCAAAUUGUAUCUAAGAUUGGAUUAAAUUGUAAUUCAGUAAAGAAUUCUUAGAAAGAGUAAAAAGUUAUGAGGAUUUUAAUUUUAUGGGUAAAUACUUAUUUGAUAAGGCUUAAUUAACAUAUACUUAUAUAAACAAUCUUAUUAGUAUCUUUGAAAAAUAUGGACUAUAAAUUCAUAAUGUUCCAAUUUUUGUAUUCUAGAAAUUUUUUGUUAAAGAAAUAUUAAAUAAUUCUUAUUUAGAUAAAUUAAUUGAUGUUAGAUUUAGUAAAUGUUUACAUUAAGUAGGAUUUCAUAAUGAAGCUGAUGGAAUGUAUUAAUAAUCUAAUAUUGUUAAAUUUAAAUUGACUGAUCAAGAAAAAAAAUAAUUACUUGCAAAAACAGAAUCUAGUGUUUUAUAGUAAAAUAGAUCCAGACCAACAGAUAUUAUGGAAUAAAAUCUUCCUUAGGCUAAUGUUAUUAGUGAAAUCUUUGUCUAUACAAUUUUAACUGAUUUAGGGAAUGAAUUAUUUUAUCAAGGGGAAAUAUAUAGAGCUAAAGAAUUAUUAGUUGAAUCUCAUAAACAUGCUAAAAUUGUUUCAGAUUUAGAAUUAAUGGGUAGAAUUUUAUGUUUGUAAGGAUAAAUUGCAUUUAUGGAAGGUGAAUUUAAAGAUUCAAUUGAAAAUCACAAGCUUUCUCAUAAAUUGAUUAAAAAUGUAAGUCAAUGGGAAAUUUCAUCAAUUGAAACAUAUAAGACUUUAUAUAAAUUAGGGAAAUAUGAUGAUAUUAGACAAUUUUUAAAAUAAAUUACAGAAGUCUUAUUGGAAGUCUUAAAUAAACCUAAUUAUUCACCUAAUAAAUUAUAAAUUUAUCAAACAUUAACAACUUUAUACAUAUUAUAAUCUAAAAUAUCAACAAAAGAUUUAUUUAAAGAAUUUUCUUAUGAUAUAUUCAAAUAAGUUAUGGAGAAUUUAGAAAAAUCAUUAAAAUGCAUACAACAUGGAGGAUUUAUGACACAUUAAAUAGAUCUAAUUUUAAAUUUAGUAAAUAAAAUUCUAAUCUUUAUUCGAAAUAAAAAUUACACUAAAAUUGAUUAAGUUGAAAUCUAUUUUAAAAUUAUUUAAAAAUUAUAGAAUUCCAUUCUUAAACCAUUAGAAUAAUAAAGUAGAUCCUUAUUAAAAUAUACAUUACUUAUUGAAAAAGAAUCAGAAUCAAUUAGAUCACCAAUUAUGGAUUUAUAAGCAAAGAUACGUGUUGUAAUGGCCUCUUGUUUUAUUGAAAUGGGAUUGAUUAAGUGGUUACGAAAAUAAAUGCAAUUACCUGAUCUUUAAGGAUCUGAUGAUGACAAUAAUAAUGAUUAAUUAGAAGAUAAACCAAUUGAACAAUUAAGUAAUUAUGAACCACUUUAAAAAUUUUUAACAUAAUUAACAAUUAAAAUAUAAAGAGCAAUAUAACCUCUUCCUUAAAGAUUAGAGAGUUUUGAAAAAGCAACUGCUAUUUUAUUAUCUACUUUGAAAUAAUUAAAAAAAGAUUCAUUUUGGUACACAAUAGCUGAAAUUGAAUUAGUAAGAGCAAAAAGAUAUCUAGCUAUAAGUAAAUAGUAAUUGGAUGAUGUAUGGGAAACACCUCUUUAAGGACAAGAUUAAGUUGUUUUAUUAUAGGAAGACAAUUAAUUUGAUUAUAAGACUGAUGCUCUAUAAAGUGUAUUAAAAUUGAUUAAAGAUAUUGAAUCAAAAGCAUUUACUGUAUUGAAAGCGAAAGGGGAUAACACAACCAUCCCAUUAGAAUGGAGUAUAUUUGAAUUCAAGCAAAUGAGCUUUUAUUUGAAAAUGCUUUAUGAAUCUGCUUUAGAUAUAUUAGGAAUUAAAAGUCCUGAAAUAUCUUAUGAUUAUUUAUGUAAGUUAUAGCAUUUUGCUUUUUGUGAAUAAAUGUUUAAUAUGGUAAGACAAUCAUUCUUUGGUAAGCAUAAAAUGAUAGUGUAUAUCAGAUUAAUAAAAAUGAUAAAUUCAGUAUGUGGAUUUCUUAAUUAGGAUGCUGUUAAAUUAUUAACUGAUGCUAAUAAAUUAUGGGAUAAUCUUAUGAUCUUUCCAUUGACAGAUCUUUAGGCCUAAUUAUAAUAGAGUGCUGGAUUUCUAAUUAUGUAAAUGAGUCAAAAUAAAACAUGUUUAUACUUAGGGUAUUUACAUAAUACAAAAACUCCAGUUUAUAAAGUUUAAAGAAUUUUACUUGAUUCUAAAACUCAUGAUUAAAUGAAUUAAAUGAAAGCUAAUUUAGAUUAAAUUAAAAAUAAUUUAAUUAAAACACCAAUAAUUCAAUAAUAAGAUUUCAUAAAAUUGGAAGAUGAUAUGGAAAAGGAAUAUACUAAAUUUUGUUAGGAUGUGGAAUAAUUCAUGAGUUUUAUACCUUAGUUAAUUAAUGAAAAUAUCAAUAUUUAAGAAGAAGUACCUCCACCUGUAAUCGAUCCAAAAGCACCUCCUCCAAAGAAAGAUUAAGGAAAGUAAACUAAAGGAAAACCAGGAAAAGAUGAAUUAGCAUUAUAUGAAUCUCCUUUGGAAUAAGCACCUGGUAAAAUAGAUACUGUAGUUUUGCUUAUAGAUCCAAAGUUCUUUGAUUAUCCUAUUGAAUAAUUGAAUGUAUUUGAAAAGAUUGUUGCAAUGUCGAGAGAUUUUAGUAUGGCUUUAUAUGUUAGAAGACUUAAAAGUGUUGGUUUCUAAGUUUAAUUAAAUAAUAGUUAAAAAGGAAUAGAGAAAGAUAAAUUAAAAUAUAUUACUUAUGAUUUUAAAACAGAGGAUUAAGAUUUAAAUUUGGAUGAUUUUAAUUUAUAAAAAACUUUAGGUGAAAUACAAAAAACAACACCAUAAUUAAAAUUUGAAGGAGUAAAUCAUUCUUAUAUAUUUUUAGACUUUUUCUUAAAGUAGAUUAGCAUCUUUGGGAGAAUUACAAAAAUAUGCUUAAACUGGAUCUUCUAUAUUUUGGUAUGGAUCUCCAGGAAUAUUAAAUAUUUUAUCAUCAAAAGUAAUUAUUGACCUUUCGGAAAUAAACACAUCUAAAUUUUGGGUAAUAUUUGAUAAAAUGAAUGCAAAAAAAAGUUUGAUUGAAAAGUUUUCAUCUUUAGAUCCUGAUGGUGAAAAAACUCACAUAUUAGAGUAAAAUUUCAAAAUCUCUGUAUUUUUGACUUUAAUAGAUGUGAGUACAAUUUUAACAACAUAAUGGUCUCCUUAAAUUGUUGAAUUUUUAAAAGCAUUUGAAAAUUUGGUUAAAUAACUUACUGAAGAUAUUUAUGUAGCUGCAUGUUUAUAAAGAUAUAAAGUAUUUAAAUACUUAUUAGAUUAGGCUCCAAUCAUAAAGUUUUAAGAUGAGAAUGGAAAUAUAAUUGAUAAGAAACCGUAGUAGGUGGAAAUAAAGAAAGGCGGUAAGGUAGAACCUGUUUAAGAUACUUCUAAUCUUAAAGAGGUUCAGUUUGAUAAAAAGAGAAUCUAUACACAUAAUUUUAUAUUUGUAGGAUUGCCUAAUUUAAGACUAAUUUGA